AUGAUUUUCAAUAUUUUACAUCUUCCGUUUGUGGUUCUGCUAUUUGCAGGAUGUGCUCUCGCCAGUUCCAACCGGAUUGUUGGGGGAGAAGAGACAAAAAUUGAAAAUUAUCCGUACAUCGUGCAAGUAGAGAUGUACAAUUCAGGCAACUGGAACCAAGGGUGUGGAGCCAAUAUAAUUUUAAGAAACUGGGUUGUGUCAGCUGCGCACUGUUUUGAAGGAUGGACAUACAGACCAGAGCACAGACGUAUCAGAGCGGGAUCCACCUACCGUAACGAAGGUGGAUAUGUCCACUACGUAGAUUUUGAGAGAAAUCAUCCCGAGUACGGUGUAAUCGCAACCUUUGACGCUGACAUCAAUGUUGUAAAACUGACUACUCCCCUGGUCUGGAGUCCAUCGAUCCAGAGGGGAACAAUUGUGCCACAGGGUUACGUUCUUCCUGACAAUACCCCCGUAGUCCAUGCAGGUUGGGGAAACACUACUCCAGGUGGGAGUCCAUCAAGGGUCCUCCGUCACGUGGAAAUAUACAAAGUCAACAACUCCCUCUGCACUGACCGCUACAAUCAAUUACCAGGCCCUAAUGUCUCACCCAACAUGAUCUGUGCUGGUCUGUUAGACAUUGGAGGCCGUGAUGCCUGUCAAAGAGACUCUGGUGGUCCAUUAUACGCUGGAAAUGUCAUCGUCGGUAUUGUAUCCUGGGGACAUGGAUGCGCAAAUGCACGUUACCCUGGCAUUAGUACCAAAGUCUCCUCAUACACUAACUGGAUCAUUCAAAACGCUCGCUAA